UAAAGACUAAAGAGGUUAAAAAGUUGUUGGUUUCGGGUAUCACUCUAUCUUCAAAACAGUAAUCAUUAUUCUUGAUUAUUAUUGAAUUGUUCAUUCUUAAUUCUACUAGAAUGAGUUCAGGUUUCGUAACUGAAUCAGAAAUAGUAGAGGCGAGAAAAAAACGCCAAGAAGAAUGGGAAAAAGUAAGAAAACCAAGUGAUCCUAUAGAAAUGCCUGAGGAACCUUAUGACUCUAGAAGUUUAUUUGAUAGACUACAAGAACAGAAACAGAAAAAGGAAUUAGAAUAUGAAGAAGCACAUAAAUUGAAAAAUAUGAUAAAAGGCUUGGAUGAUGAUGAAAUAGAAUUUCUAGAUCUUGUUGAUCGAACAAAAAUGGCAGCUGAUAGAAAAAAAGAACUAGAAGAAGAAAAAGAACUGAGUGAUUUCAGAAAUAGAGUAGCUGUAUUACAUGAAAAAACUCUUGAUCAAAAAAUUAAUGAAGAAAGUAUUAUCAAUAAGGUUAAAACUCCUCAAAAAUCAAGUAUUUCACAGCAACAAAAAUUAUUGAAAGGUGCCAUAGUUACCAGGAAACGGAAACUCUCUGAAAAUGGUCAAAAUAAUGUUGAUUUAAAUGGUAAAAAUGCGGAAAAAGGUCAAAAUAAUGGUGAAGCAAUACCUAAAAUUCAAAUUAUUGCACCUCAAAGUGGAUUGAAGUGUAUCGGAGUUUUACCCGGCAUAGGUUGUUAUACAGAAUCCUCCGAUGAAAAUAGUUCAGAUUCAGAAAUUGAGGCAUCACCAAAACAAAUUGAUUUAGUUGGCCGUCAAAUUAAAAAAGAUGAUAAAGAAUCAUGAUAAACUACAAUUUUGAGGAUUUAUUCGCAUAAUUGGAUAUCUAAUUUUUUGAAUGGUCAAAAAGAUCAGAAUUGAAUUUGAAUGUUUUCUUAAUUUAAUUAGGGAUUAAACUAUUAUACUAUGUAAAUUUUUAAUUAUGUUUAAUGUAAUUAUAUGUACAUUAAGUUUU